CAUCUUUGCUGUGUAAUGACCCCUUGUUUCUUCCUUUUUGGUGCUUCAAGCCAUCCCUAUAUCCCCCUUUCAUUUUGAAGAAAUGAUUUUUCCACUUGUGUAAGUAUCACUCCCACUACUACAUGCAGAAACGAUGGUGCAUAAACAAGACCUCCAUAUUAUACAAAGAAGUUGGUCGUACUACCAUAAUUGACUACAUGUGUACAAGCAGUAGACUCACGUACUACAAGAGCAAAAUAGUAUCUGAAGUCUGUGCUGUACAAACCAACAGACCAUUUUGGAGCAAACCCACACAGGCUAGUGUCGGGGAAGUAUAUACGGCUGGUGGUUUGUUGGCCUUAGGAGGUCUGGGAGGAGGAGCACUGAUAAUAGACCAAGUCAUACUGUGACUCAUAAGAUAUUUUUCUCUAUGCUGACACCUGUUUUAAUUAAGUAAUGCGUAGUCACAUGCUUAAGUGUAGUGGUCAAAACUCAGUUGUAAAGGCUCACAAAAGUGCAGCUGUUUGCCAUCAGAUGGACAAGUGCAUUAACUUGGAAGCUAGUUUCUUACUCGGCCCUAAGUG